AUGGUGUACCAUGGCCAGGGCCAGAAAGUGCAGAAGGUAAUGGUGCAGCCCAUCAAACACAUCUUCAGAUACUUGCAAAAUAGAUCCCGGAUUCAGGUGCGGCUCUGUCAGCAAGUGACUAUGCGGAUAGAGGGUUGUAUCACUGGUUUCAAUGAGUAUAUGAACCUUGUAUUGGAUGAUGCAGAAGAGAUUCAUUGUAAAACAAAGUCAAGAAAACAACUGGGUGGGAUCAUGCCCAAAGGAGAUAAUGUCACUCUGCUACAGAGUGUCUCCAACUAG